AUGUGGCACUACCACAUUCUUUUUAUGUUGUCGUGGCUUGGCUACUUGGGGGCUAAUCCAGAUGGCGGUGUUCUCUUCAACUACCCCAAUUUAAAGGACGAUAUUUACGAGCAGCCUGUCAACAUGAUGUCGCCAAAAAAGAUCCCCCACCAGAAGGGAGACGCCGAAGUUAUACCGGAGAGGCCGGACUACUCCGGGGUUCCUUACGACUGGCCGGCCCUGGAUGAAUUCCUGGAGGGAAAGGACGAGGAACGGGACCAUAACAGACUGAAACGAAAAGCCAAGAACGCGGGGAGCUUCGGCAGCGGCUCCGGCGGGCCGAGGCUCCGCGAGCGGCCGCACCACUACCUCUACCCCGAGCCGGUCAAGGACCGCCCCAUCGAGUUCACCACCACCACCAGGCGGCCGAGCAUCCUUCCCGACCAGAUGAACCCCGGCGUGAUAUUCCGCGUGCGCAUGUCAGACGCGAUACUGCGAAUCAAGCAGCGCAUGUACGAGGACCCCGAGCGGCACAUCGAGGCGGACAUAAUCUACACGAACCUGAUAAAGAAGGCGGUGACGGACGAGAUAGCGAAGUUCCACAACCUGCUGCUGGUUUACAAGACGGACAGGAGCAUAAAGGAGCACCUGGGCGAGUGCGGCGGCAGGAUAUACAAGUUCAUCAGCUACAUGAGCAUCAAGGUGCACAUAUAUUGCCUGUUCGACGCGCUCUGGAUAGAUGGCAACCCGUACGUGAUCGGGGACGAGUACACCGUGACCCCGGUGGAGGUACCGCCGCUGCUGCAGUGCGACGCGGCCGAGUGCAACUCCAUCGUCUUCGUGGACUCCAUCACCGAGCCGAAGGACAUUGAGGAG